AGACUGAGGACAGCGGAGACAACACAGUGCUCGAACAGUACCGUGGCGGACGGGUGGAGAAACAUGACAGUAGUGCAUGCAGAAAACCUGGAGGAGACCGUGGCGCUGGCAGCCCUGUCCCAGGACGCGUGCGACCCGGUGCGUGCGGACCAGGAGCGCUGGGAGCGUGUGAUCAUCAACAUUUCCGGGCUGCGCUUCGAGACGCAGCUCAAGACCCUGGCGCAGUUCCCGGGCACACUGCUCGGGGACCCCAGGAAGAGGAUGCACUUUUUCGACCCGCUUCGAAACGAGUACUUCUUCGACAGGAACCGACCAAGCUUCGACGCCAUCCUCUACUACUACCAAUCCGGAGGCAGGCUGAGAAGACCCGUCAACGUGCCCGUGGAUAUUUUCAUGGAGGAGAUCAAAUUUUAUGAACUGGGAGAAGAAGUCAUCGAGAAUUUCAAAGAGGACGAAGGGUUCAUCAAGGAGGAGGAGCGUCCUUUGCCGGGCAACGAGUUCCAGCGUCAGGUCUGGCUUCUGUUUGAAUACCCCGAGAGCUCGGGACCGGCCAGGGGCAUUGCCGUCGUGUCUGUUCUGGUCAUCCUCAUUUCCAUCGUGAUCUUCUGCUUGGAGACCCUCCCUGAGUUCAGGGAGGAAACAAGAUACUCAGAGGGUCACCUUCCUCUAAACGGAACUUCUCGCAUGAAGAAGGCCAAUCCCUUCACUGACCCUUUCUUCAUCGUUGAGACCCUGUGCAUUAUCUGGUUCUCCUUCGAGUUGCUGGUGAGGUUCUUCGCGUGCCCUAGCAAGGCCGCCUUCUUCAAAAACAUAAUGAACACAAUAGACAUCAUAGCCAUCAUGCCUUACUUUAUCACCCUGGGCUUGGAGCUGGCAGAGCACCAAGGAAAUAGUCAGCAAGCUAUGUCUUUAGCUAUUCUGAGGGUCAUCCGCCUGGUGAGAGUAUUCAGGAUCUUCAAGCUCUCCAGACAUUCAAAGGGACUUCAGAUUCUGGGGAAGACCCUCCAGGCGAGCAUGAGGGAGCUCGGUCUCCUUAUGUUUUUCCUCUUCAUUGGGGUCAUCUUGUUCUCCAGCGCCGUGUAUUUUGCAGAGACAGAUGAGCCACAGUCGGGCUUCAGCAGCAUCCCCGAUGCGUUCUGGUGGGCUGUGGUGUCCAUGACCACCGUAGGCUACGGGGACAUGUGUCCUGUUACCAUCGGUGGCAAAAUCGUGGGCGCCCUGUGUGCCAUCGCAGGGGUGCUGACCAUCGCGUUGCCGGUGCCGGUCAUUGUGUCCAACUUUAACUACUUCUACCACAGGGAGACGGUGCAGGAGGAGCAGGUGGAGUACACGCACGUGACCUGUGGGCAGCAGCAAAAGCCCACGCUCGGGGAGUUCAUACGGACUGAUAGCAGGCCGUCUUUGGCCAAAUCAGACUACCUGGACUCGGAUGACUACGACGCUGUUAAAUACACGAACUGUAGCCCGCAGAAGGUGUACACGGGCAAGCUCACUGACAUGUGAGCGCGAGCUCGGGAAGAGAACGCCUCCGCACGAAGGCAUCGCUUCCCUCGGGCUACGCUUCCAAGGAAUUAUCUCAGCUGGACGCACUGUUACGACGGCCGGACGCCAGUGCUCUUUGUAACGCUGUAAACUGCCGUCAAAGAACAGCUGCGGCGCAGACAUCG